AUGGGGACUGCAGCGGCGGCAGCGGCGGCGGCCGGGGAGGGGGCGCGCAGCCCGAGCCCCGCCGCGGUGUCGCUUGGCCUGGGCGUGGCCGUCGUGUCGAGCCUGGUGAAUGGGUCCACGUUCGUGCUGCAAAAAAAGGGCAUCGUGCGCGCCAAGCGACGAGGUACUUCCUAUUUAACAGACAUUGUGUGGUGGGCAGGCACAAUUGCAAUGGCUGUUGGCCAGAUUGGAAACUUCCUGGCUUACACGGCGGUCCCCACAGUCCUGGUGACUCCACUGGGUGCCCUUGGAGUGCCGUUUGGGUCCAUUUUAGCUUCUUAUCUUCUGAAGGAAAAGCUCAACAUCUUGGGCAAGUUGGGAUGUCUGCUAAGCUGUGCAGGUUCUGUUGUACUGAUUAUCCACUCCCCGAAAUCUGAGAGUGUGACCACUCAGGCUGAGCUGGAAGAGAAGCUGACUAACCCAGUGUUUGUGGGCUAUUUGUGUAUCGUGCUCCUUAUGCUGCUACUGCUCAUCUUUUGGAUUGCACCAGCCCAUGGGCCUACCAACAUCAUGGUCUACAUUAGUAUCUGCUCUUUGCUGGGGAGUUUCACCGUGCCUUCCACCAAGGGCAUCGGGCUGGCAGCCCAAGACAUCUUCCACAACAACCCAUCCAGUCAACGGGCACUCUGCCUGUGCCUGGUGCUCCUCGCCGUGCUUGGUUGCAGCAUCAUUGUCCAGUUCAGGUACAUCAACAAGGCACUUGAGUGCUUCGACUCCUCUGUGUUCGGGGCCAUCUAUUACGUCGUAUUCACCACCCUCGUCCUGUUAGCCUCGGCCAUCCUCUUUCGGGAAUGGAGCAACGUGGGCCUGGUGGACUUCUUGGGUAUGGCCUGUGGGUUCACUACUGUCUCUGUUGGGAUUGUCCUUAUACAGGUGUUCAAAGAGUUCAAUUUCAACCUUGGGGAGAUGAACAAAUCUAAUAUGAAAACAGACUAG